AUGCUCCGACCAUCACUUCUCCGCCAGGCCGUGCGCACUGGCUCGCUCAUCCGCCCCGCCGCGCGUGCUGGACCCUCCGUCGCGCGCCCCGCCGCUCUUCCCCUCCGUCCCUUCUCCGUCUCUUCUCCGCCCGGAGCCCGGAACGGGGUGCACUUUGUCGACUCGAAGGGUAACCCGAUCAAGACGAUCGAGGGUAACGAGGGCGACGACCUGCUUUCCCUUGCGCACGAGUACGAUGUUGAUCUGGAGGACCCGGAGAGCUUCGACAAGCUUCCUGAGGCCGACGAUGAGGAGAACGACAUGCUCGACCUGGCUUUCGGUCUCGAGGACACGUGA